AGAACGUAUCAACCGCAUACACACAAACGCCCUCGUUCACCAUGCCCUCUCCUUCACCCUCCCGCACCGGCAACGGCCAUCCGCGCCGCCCUCAUCGCACCACGGCACGUGCGGUGCGCCUCGCCGCGGGUGUCCUCCUCGUCGCCCUCCUCUUCGCCGCCCUCGCAGCGCUCAGCGCGGAGGACGCGCACGGGCACCUGCAGCACGUCUGCAUCCACGACAAGCUGCAGCAGCGCGUGUUCGACUCCGUGGCGCGGCGCCGCAUCGCCCCCCACCUCCUCUCCCGCGUGGGUCUCCCGUACGUCUCCGCUGUCACCCCCGUCACGGCGAGCGUGCAGGCGGCGACCGGCGGCGUGCACUACGCGCUGGCGGGGAGCAGCGCGCCGGACGUGACACGCGCCACCGAGUGGGGCGAACUCCGCGUCACCGUGUCCGCCGACGACCUCACCACCGCGGGCCACCACUGCUCCGCCGUCGGGGAGGUGAUCGACAACCACAACGGCAGGAACGUGACGUGCACGGCGGCCGACGUCGUGACGGACGAGAAGCGCGACAUCCUGAUGAACUACCUCAUCCCGCAGGCCCUGCAGCUGCACCGCGAGCGUCUGCAGGUGCGGCAGGUGCGGGGCACGUGGAAGGUCACCAACAUGGACGGCAGCAUCUGCGGAGGCUUCGUGGUGCCCGCGGCGCACGUGACAGCUGGGGUGCGCGACACCGACUUCGUCCUCUACGUCACCUCCGUGCCCAGCGAGGGCGGUGUGCUGGCGUGGGCCACCGUCUGCCAGGUCUUCUCGGACGACCAGCCGGCCGUCGGCGUCAUCAACAUCCCUGCGGCGAAUAUCGCGGAGCGCUAUGAUCAGUACACGAUCCACGUCGUCGCCCACGAGAUCGCCCACUCCCUCGGUUUCACUGCCAAGCUCUUUAACAAAACCGGCAUCUCCGAUUUCGUGCCCGGCAUCCGUGGCAAGGACUACGCCGCCCCGGUGAUCAACGGCACGACGGUGGUGGCCAAGACACGCGAGCAGUACAACUGCAGCUCCGCCACGUACAUGGAGGUGGAGGACUUGGACGGUCCUGGAUCUGCCGGCUCGCACUGGAAGAUGCGCAACGCACCGGACGAGCUGAUGGCGGGUGUGGCGGGGACUGGCUACUACACGGCGCUGACCAUGGCUGCGUUCGAGGACCUAGGCUUCUACAAGGCGAACUUCUCGAUGGCAGAGACGAUGGAGUGGGGUAGGAAUGCGGGAUGCAGCUUCCUGAACGGCAAGUGUGUGAUCGACAACGUGACCCAAUUCCCGUCCAUGUUCUGCGAUCAAAACGAGCAGCUGUUUCGCUGUCAUACAGCGCGCAUGAGUCUCGGGUCUUGUGCACUGCAGGACUACUAUUCUCCCUUGCCCAGCUACUUCCAGUACUUCACCGCACCCAGCGUGGCCGGCCUGUCCCCUUACUACGACUAUUGUCCGUUCAUCAUGCCGUGGACUGUUGGGUCCUGCACGCAGAGUGCCGCCACGGCCACGCCCUUCGUCAGCGCCUUCAACACCUUCUCACCGUCCUCGCGCUGCAUCGAUGGCGACUUCACGCCAAAGAACAACACCAGUCGCUUCAUCAGCGCCUACCUGGGGAUGUGCACGAACGUGGCCUGCAAUCCCGCCAAUCAGACCUACAGCGUCCAGGUGUACGGCAGUGACACGUACAUCGCCUGCACCCCGGGCACAGCCAUCGAGCUGGACAACGUCAGCGACGCCUUCGAGGCUGGCGGCUACGUCACGUGCCCGCCCUACAUCGAGGUGUGUCAGAGCAACGUGCAGGCCGCGCGGGACUACGAGAGCAUGGUCGACGGCGGUUCCUCCAGCAGCACCCUCCACCCCACUCCCGUGCAGGACUCCAGCAGCUCUUCGCCGUUCAGCCCUCCCUCCACCCCUCGUCCAGAGGCGGCCUCCAGCAGCAGCAGCAGCAGCAGCAGCGACGGCAUUCACGUGAUCCCUUUUACUGGAGACGCCGCCAACGACCGCCUCAGCGCGCGCACGGCGGCUGUGGGGCUCCUCGCACUGGCGGUGGCUGCUGUGUGCGUGUGA